CCGGCUCGAACGUUUCAAACGAUCCCACCAAAUUACCGCAUUCUUUUCGACUGGCGUGUUUAAAUUGGGCUGUGAUGUGUUUAGUAAUGUGUCCCGAAAUCAUAGCGUUCGGCGUAUCGGUAGCCGCAAUCAGAAACCUGUUAAUGAGAUUCGCGAGUGGAAUUAUUGCCGGUUGUUGUGAAGAUUACUCAAAUUUCAGUCGUUCGUUCAAAUCUAUCCCGUGGGGUUACCAUUGAGAGUGGCCAGUGGCAUAUCUGUAGGAAAUGGAAUUAUAGAACGAUAAUUCUUGGAACGAUCUUGAUCUGAAGUCGUAUUCAGGAAUUGCGCAAGAUGUUCGCAAGCACCCGUGUCUUCACCCAUUGAUGCAAACGAGGAGCCUGAAAAAUACAAUCUCGUAAGAAACGAACACAGAAGGAACUGUUGAAAUGAAGCAAUUAUUAGUGGUGAAAUAAGGAGAAAAACGCGAGAAAAGAAAGAAAUAAUCAGUUUUUGAACCCACCGAAAUUAAACUGGAACAAUAGAGAGAGGAUAAAAUGAGAGUGUGUGACGGAGUAAAAACGAAUCCCGGCGGCUUAUUCGCAGUGUUGUUGGUAAUAUGGUGUAACUUUGGGGCUGCGACUGGUGAGAAACAUGAGGUGGAAUCAACAUUAAACAGAGAUUACGUGGGCAAGAAAAUUCUGCCCGACUUGAGUGUACUGAAGCUUGACGCGGUUCCCGAAGCCCACCGAAACUCAGCUGCCGGAUUCAAGGACUUUUGGGAUGAACAUCUCACCGGAAUCAAGGGCUACGAUGUGGUGAAAGAUAUUCCAUUCACGUUGAUCGUACCCGAUAGAAUCGAUCGGUUGGCUUUCGAAGGGAAUGAGCCACGUGCCCGCGAGUUUCUGUUCGAUCACGUCAUCCCGGGUGCCCUAAUGGAGAUGAAAGAUCGAAAUAUGUACAGCAACAUGAAUCAGAACUUGGUUGGGGUGAAUUUAACCUGCGUGAAUAUGCUGAUGGGAUACAUGCUGAGCUAUAUGACGAGUCAGGAGACAAAAUACGCAGCCCGGUACAACGUGAGCGAUACGUUGACAAUGGUGUUCAUAGAGGGCAAUUUGACCGAGAAUAGGGCCGCGAAUAGCAACAACAAGUUCAACAAAAGAAACAUCCAGGAGAAUAACAGGUAUAACGAACCCCAGCGGCUGGAGAUGAAAAAUGCCACAAAGGAGCAAGCCGCGAUUAAGGAGAAUCGAAUUGGCCAGCAUUUGAUGAAUUUUCUGGCCAGUAUGAAGUCUGGUACGAAAAUUUUCCAGCACUUUCUAGCGAACAGUAACUUGAGCCAACUCAUGGAUGACAGUUCGUACAUGGUCCUGAUUCCAUCGGAUGCCGCCUUCCAGCGAUGGCAUCCAAUCGACUGGGGCUUCUAUCCAUUCAGUGUGCAGGAGUUCACCGAAAGUGUGCUGAGGAACCACUUCAUACGCGUCCGACAGCCACUACGGAUGGCAGAUCUGAGAACGAUGACGGGCGAACAGAAAUUCAAAACUCUCGGUGGAGAGUAUGUUGUACUUAAGAGCAGGCCAAUACCCACCGUAAACAAUGUAUCAAUACUGUUCGACUACACACUUUCCAAUGGCGUCGAAGUACUUGUUAUUUCGGAAGUUCUAUUCGUCUCGGAGGCAGUUGUCUCGCGUCUUCACCAGUUACACAAGGAUAAGGAAACACCCCCACUGCUAGCGUUUCCCUGGUUCGGGGCCCAGUUUCUCUCACACUCAUUCUUGGCGCUAGAAAGGGAUAGCCGUUUCACUCAGAUAACACGCUUCUUGAAUACGGCGGAGAUCGCCCAGUACAUUUCCGGUUCGAACUAUACUUUCUUCGUACCCACCGAUGAGGCAUUCGAACGAUACAGCAUCGAUAUUCUACCGGAUAGCAUUCUGGCGUCAGAAAAAGGCGUCAGACUACUGUUGAUGCAUUUCAUCAAAGGUCGCUUGUACGAUAGGGAUCUGAAGGACGGAGAGGUACUCGAAACGAUCGGUGGCUCUCCAGUGAAAAUCCAUCGAACUUUCGACAACAACGUAACGGUGAACAGUGCCAAGAUCGUCGAGUCGGAAGUGUUCGUGUACAAUCUGGGAACGAUGUUCUACGUGGAUGACGUUUUGUACCCUGAACUACUCAAAGCUGAAGUAACGGCAAUAACUGACGCCAGAAACCCAGAUAAAAACAUUCCGGAAGAGAAUGGGGAGACAUUUACAACAGAGUCCGGCGUGCCGCAGCAGACCUCCUCAACCACACAUCGAUCAUUUUUCACGACCAGUGCUGAUGUGGAAAUAGUGCCACUCGAGAUCACCGAGCAAAGCGGCAGUGAUGACGACUUCCUGCUGAAGGACGAUGAAAUCAUUACACCUAAGGCGUUGCCCGUUAGGUACUACUUUUCGCCGAAAAAAUGAGCCAACCAAAGCGGCUGAAUUAUGGGAGAGCGAAGAUUGAAAGAUGUACAGUGGGUUUAGUUGUACAAUUCGUUUGGGCGGAAGGUGCAAUGAUGAAUGUUAACAUUUUUGUUUGUAGAAUUUCUAUGUUAAGUGUUUUAGACAAAUAACAAAAAUACGCUGAAGUGAAAUUGCAUAUAAUACAUUUAAUGCUACAAUGAUUCGUUUAUUUGGUUUGAAUCCAAUGUUCGUUUUCGUCCACUGUACAAACCGAAGAACAGAAACAAAAACAUGUCAGUUCACAUAUAAUGAACACUACUGGGUUCCAAUAUGCUUCACGACACACCUUGUAAACAGUCUAAACGCGCUGGAAGUUUAAUAACAUAGUUUACAACACACCCACCAAACAAUAGCUGUACGACAUUCUCACCUUGUAUUGUUCGCGAUCGAUGAAUGUGGUCUUCCGGGAAUAAUGAAAAACAAGUUUCUUUGAUAAACGUGGAAAUACUCGUUACUUUUUUUAACAUGACAAAAUUUCCAAACAAAACGAAAAAACUAACAAACUAGCUUUACCAAAUUAGUACUAUAAACCAGAUAGAAUGAUGUCUCGAAUACGCAAUGGAUAACAGAAUAACCUGGUGGCUCGAAAUGAGUGUCAAGCAGUUGCUGUUUGGCAAAAGCAAAAAAAAACGCAAAAUUCUACUGAUUAGCCGUUAAGCAUUAAGUUGUGAGUAAUCUCGUUAGUUGGUAGGAUAUAAUUCUCCUCAAAAAUAUUUAUUGAAACAGUUUUUUGCCUAUAGCCUAUAGACUAGACAGAAUGUACUAGGCCUCGUGAAGCAGUCUGCUUCCGAAGACCGCAAAUAGAACACACUUCAAUUCAGAAUGACAUUCGGAAUGGAAGAAAGCUCGUGGCGAAUGUUUCCGCCUUGGGAUCGUUACUUUAGCUUUACACGUGCUGAGCUAUGCUAUAUUUGUGAAUUUUUCCUGAGGAUAUGUUCGAUUAAAAUGUUUCUACAUGCUAUUAGUUUGUUAUGAGGAAUAAAAGCAAUAAACAUGUAUGUGUUUCCCAAA